AUGGCAACAAAUAAAGCUGUGCCGUUCCCACCAAGUCAUAAGUUGACAGUGGCCGAAGUGUACGAUCCUCGAACGGGGAAACCGCGACCGGACGUUCUUAAACAGCACUUUAUUUUAGAAGGGCGCAUCGAUGAAUCGGCCGCGCUCAGAAUCAUCAACGAGGGUGCGACGCUGCUGCGCAGCGAAAAAAACGAUGAUAGACAUAGAAGCACCCGUCACAGAGAAAACCGAACCAAGUGA